GGGAACUCACCGAUCCCCCGCCCCACAGUUCUGGCCACCGUCCCGGUGCGCACGGACGUGGCUCGAGUUUCCUCCGCUAUCCGCUCUCUCCCCUCCUGCUCUUCCUCUUCUCCGGGUCUCCUGUUCCAGCUCCAGCCGGCAGGACCCGCACGGCUCCGGGCAGCCAUGGAGGACACCCAGCUCCACAUCAUCGAGCAGCCGCUUCCCGGGUACUCUGACGCCGGGGACCAGGGGUCCUCCUCCAUGGGGGCUCCGGCGGCCGCGGCGGCUGAGGAGCCGUCGGGGGCCGGCUCUGAGGAGCUGAUCAAAUCGGACCAGGUGAACGGCGUGCUGGUACUGAGCCUUCUGGACAAAAUCAUCGGCGCCGUCGACCAGAUCCAGCUGACCCAAGCCCAGCUGGAAGAGCGGCAGGCGGAGAUGGAGGGCGCCGUGCAGAGCAUCCAGGGCGAGCUGAGCAAGCUGGGCAAGGCACACGCCACCACCAGCAACACGGUGAGCAAGUUGCUGGAGAAGGUGCGCAAGGUCAGCGUCAACGUGAAGACCGUGCGCGGCAGCCUGGAACGCCAGGCAGGCCAGAUCAAGAAGCUGGAGGUCAACGAGGCCGAGCUGCUGCGGCGCCGAAACUUUAAAGUCAUGAUCUACCAGGAUGAAGUGAAACUGCCGGCCAAAGUGAGCGUCGGCAAGUCGCUGAAAGAGUCGGAGGCGCUGCCGGAGAAGGAAGGUGACGAGUUGGCCGAGGGCGAGAGGCCCGAGGAGGACGCGGCGGCGCUCGAGCUGUCGUCGGAUGAGGCGGUGGAGGUAGAGGAGGUUAUCGAGGAGUCGCGCGCCGAGCGCAUCAAGCGCAGCGGCCUGCGGCGUGUGGACGACUUCAAGAAGGCUUUCUCUAAGGAGAAGAUGGAGAAGACCAAGGUGCGCACCCGCGAGAACCUGGAGAAGACCCGCCUCAAGACCAAGGAGAACCUGGAGAAGACGCGGCACACCCUGGAGAAGCGUAUGAACAAGCUGGGGACGCGCCUGGUCCCGGCCGAGCGGCGGGAGAAGCUCAAGACCUCGCGAGACAAGCUGCGCAAGUCCUUCACGCCCGACCACGUGGUCUACGCGCGUUCCAAGACCGCGGUCUACAAGGUGCCGCCCUUCACCUUCCACGUCAAGAAGAUCCGCGAGGGCGAGGUGGAGGUGCUGAAAGCCACGGAAAUGGUGGAAGUGGGCGCCGACGAGGAGGAGGGCGGCGCGGAGCGCGGCGAGGCGGCCGAUCUGCUGCGCGGGAGCAGUACCGACGUGCACACGCUGCUGGAGAUCACCGAGGAGUCGGACGCCGUGCUGGUGGACAAGAGCGACAGCGACUGAGCGGGGGCGCUGGGAGGCCGCGCCGCCCCGCCUCUCCCCCCACCCCCGCCCCGAUUCCUUUCCCUCCCUGAACUUUCCCUUGCGCAUUUUCUCUCAUCCCUCCGAGGGCGGAGUUGUUUCUAAAUUGAGAAUAUCUUCCCUCAAGGAGCACCCCUCUGAGUCUUACAGCUGUUAAGACGGGAGGGGGAGGCAGCCUGCACCGUGGACAGCCCCAGUUUAGGCAUAGGCUGCAUGGAAAUGCAGAGGGCUGUGAUUCAUGGCCUGGGGGUUCAAGUCGGGGAUCCUGGAGGAGGUUGCCGUCGUUCCAAGAUUGGGCCCCCUUGGAGCAGGCUGCUUUCCGCCCUUCCUCCCCCUCACACUCACACCCAGCUGCUGUCAUUCCUGCUCACUGAACUUUUCUUUCUUAUCCUGAUUCCUGGAGGCUUCAAAGCCAAAAUUAUCAUGAAAGGGAAGGGUGAAUCCUGAAGAGGUCCCCUGCCCACGUGGAAAACCCCAUACUGUAAGGAUUUGAAAGCAGCCUUGGGGAGAAUCUGGAGCAGUGAGGGAGAGAGGGCAGAGUGAGCCUCCGUAACCCUGGAUGAGGGUCUAGCACAGGCUGUAUCUGCAAAAGGUCCUAAUAAGGAAGGCUGGAGCCAGGCAGAGCCCUUGGGAAGGGGUCGGGGGGGGGGGGCGUGAGGGGGGCACCUGCCUGUUGAUGCAUCUGCACACGGGAACUCAUGGCUGUGGCUUUGAGAAGAACGGGAGCUAGAAGGUGGGAAUGAGUGAAAAGAGAAUGCUCAUUAGCAGCAUGAGAAAUACAGGGCAAGAAUCCCAUCUUCCUGGGGUUCUCAGAGGACAGCAGGACCAUUUUCAGGGUAAGGAAGGACAAUGUGAGAAAUUCAUGAUCUAAAGAAGAGAGAGGUAAGCUUCACUCUGUGCCUCUGCAGGGAUCUGAAUGGUGCUCCUAGGGGAGCCCAUUUCUCAAAACCCAGAAAAUUAAGAUCCCAGAAGGGGGCAGCACUAGGCUGCUGUAAGUUAGGAGGUUUAGCAGAUGGGGGAGAAAGAGCAAGGUGCUGUGGGCCAGGCCACCAAGCUGAGAGCUGGAGGGGAGAGGAGGAGAACACAGAAUUCCUGUGUGUAGAGCAGCCCAGCCUUGGCUCACUCCUGGCAGUUUCUUCUCAAGGUCCUGCCCUAGAGCUAGUGUCAUAAAGCUGCAGAACUUGCCAAGACCUUGGCAUUGUGGGUUCCUCUUCUGAGUCUUUGGGGGUGAGAGGGGUGCUGUUUCUAGUCCAAAGGCCUGAUUUCUGACCAGGUUCUCCUUUGGACACUUCAGUCCCCCUGUUCCUCCCCAGUAAAGGCUACCGUCAGUAGCAAGGACAGCCCCCCAUCCCCACCCCCGCCAAAGAGGAGGGCCGAAGGCUCCCUUCUUCUCCCCCACCUCCUCUGCCUUAUCGUCCCUGCUCUGCAUUUUAGAAUUGCAGCUAAUUGUUUUAAGGGGUGGAGGGAGGGAGCCUGGGGACACCUCUUUUUUACAAUACAAAGCUUUGCUCUUUUUUUUUCUUUCCCUCUUCUUGGUUCCCUUCUCUCUUCUGAAAGGUUAGAAACACGUCAGCUGGAGGGAGGAUGGGGAUUGUGGGACUAGGUCCCUUGGUGCUGAUGGGCUGAAGGGACCUGAGUUGUGGGCAGAUAACAGUUUCCUGUGGGCUCUGGGGAGCCUCUCAUGUUGCUGUGUCCUGGUGAGCAGCCCGACCAAUAAACCCGCUUUUCUAAAAGGA